GAGGAGGAGGAGGAGGGGGUGGAAGAAGCCGGGAACUGGAGGACGACGAGGAGGUCCGGGAGGUCGGAGCCGAGCCGGACUCGGAGUACUGCGGGCUUCCCGGAUUCGGGUCCCCGGCUGAGCCCCGCACUCUGCGAGCGGAAGGCAGCGAGAGCCAGCGGCUGUCCCCAGUUCGAGUGAGGACGGCGCCGUCCCGCCCUUCCGGGGCCAUGCUCCCCAGCAGCGCCUCGGGGAGACUCUGUGGCCGCUAGUUCGCCAUCAGCGGAAAGAAAGGAACCUGCCUCGAACAUCGGUAACUCUUUCCCGGCUUGCUGUCCGUUGGGAAGCUUUUGACAACCCGGGGAUACCCCAAGAAUCGAUGAAGCCUUAGUUGGAGUGAACAGCAGAAAACAGAGGCUGAGCCGGCACCUGGAGCCAUGUGAGGACCUGGGAGCCCGAGGGGAGCCAAGAUGAUGGUGACCGAACGGACGGCCAGUAGGAGAAGAGCCCUGGUUCCGAGGAGGAGGUGAGGGCUUUCUCGUGCGCCCGCGGAGCGCGGCCUGCUCCAUGAAGUGUGCGAGCGCCUCCCCGCCCAGCUUGCCACUCGAGUUUCUGCCCUCGGCCCGCGGGAUGGAGGGGUCGCGGAGGGGCUGCCUCUUCCGCCCGAGGAGCGGGGGCUGCUGACCGUCGCGGAAGCGGAGGACCUCUGCCCGCCGGGACGAUGAAGGAGGUCGGCUGCUGGUCACCCCAGAUGGUGACGGAUUGGCUGCUGGAGAACGCCAUGCCCGAAUACUGUGAGCCCCUGGGGCACUACACGGGGCAGGAUCUGAUCAGCCUCACGCGGGAGGACUUCGCCAAGCCCCCGCUCUCCCGGGUCUCCUCCGACAACGGGCAGCGCUUGCUGGACAUGAUCGAGACCCUGAAAAUGGAGCACCACCUGGAGGCGCACAAGAACGGGCACGCCAACGGGCACCUGAGCAUCGGCGCCGACGGCCCGGCGCCCGGCGGCAAGGCCAAGCACAACGGCGUGCCCAACGGCUACCAGGGCGGCCUGGAGAUGAUCCAGAUCCCCAUGCCCGAACCCGAGCGCUCCCAGUACCCCCGCGAGUGGGGCAAGACUCUGCUGGCCUUCCUGUACGCCCUCUGCUGCUUCGUGCUCACCACGGUCACCAUCUCGUUCGUCCACGAGCGGGUGCCCCCCAAGGAGACGCAGGCGCCCCUGCCGGACACCUUUUUUGACCAUUUUAACCGGGUGCAGUGGGCCUUCUCCAUCUGCGAAAUCAACGGCUUGAUCCUUGUAGGCCUCUGGUUCAUUCAGUGGUUGCUUCUCAAAUACAAGUCCAUCAUUAGCCGAAGAUUUUUCUUCUUAGUUGGCACGCUGUACCUGUACCGGUGUAUCACCAUGUAUGUAACCACCCUUCCAGUACCCAGCAUGCAUUUCAACUGUUCUCCGAAGCUUUUUGGAGACUGGGAAGCUCAUCUACGGAGGAUCAUGAAGAUGCUAGCUGGGGGCGGCCUGUCCAUCACAGGCUCCCACAAUAUGUGUGGAGACUAUCUCUACAGUGGGCAUACAGUCAUGUUAACCUUGACUUACUUAUUUAUCAAAGAGUAUUCCCCUCGGCGACUCUGGUGGUACCAUUGGCUCUGCUGGAUUCUUAGCUUCUCCGGGGUCUUCUGUAUUCUCUUGGCUCAUGAACACUACACUGUGGAUGUCGUGGUGGCUUACUACAUCACUACCAGACUUUUCUGGUGGUAUCAUACAAUGGCUAAUCAGCAAGUGCUAAAAGAAGCUUCCCAAAUGAACCUCCUGGCGAGAGUGUGGUGGUAUAAGCCCUUCCAGUACUUUGAAAAGAAUGUCCAAGGAAUUGUACCUCGAUCUUAUCACUGGCCUUUCCCCUGGCCCGUGGUCCACCUCAGUAGACAAGUGAAAUAUAGUCGAUUGGUGAAUAAUACAUAACAGCUGUGCAAAGUCGGGGAAGAGGAGCUGUCCAAAGUACUGAAGUCUCCGCGAGAGAAAUCGCCAUAAAAUCAAGCCUCCCUAAUCCUUUGAUCUUUCAACAGUUACCUUGACUUAAUCUAGUGAGUUACCUGGUCAGCACUGUGAUCUUUUUUUUUCUCUCCAAAGGACCUGCGUUGGACAACAAUAAAGAGAACUUAACUUAUCAUGCACUGUAUGCAUUUCUUGUGGAUAGGUUGGGGAUUUACAUAACCCAUGACCAUGCUCCUUUGUAUAUGAUGCGGCAGCAUAAACAUAAGCUUUUAUAUCCUCAGUUCUGGUCUUUCCAGCCCCGCCUGGAAAUAAAGCGUAUUAUUUUCUUGGGAAAACAUACUUUUCAUAUCUCUUUGCCCCAAAGAUUGGGCUGUAAGCCAUUUUCUAGCAAACGUCUAUAUGAAGGUUUCUAAGCACCUGAACGGAAUUCCAUUCAGAGCUCUUUCUACCUGUUGCGCUGAUAGUCAAAUGGAAAAAAAAAAGGUAGAUGUGGAAAAGUUUGGUAACUUUUGGUUUUGUAAAAAUCAGCAGUGAUGGUGUCAAAAAAAAAAAGUGCAAAAAAAAAAAUAAAACCACAGAUUCUGUUGUAAAGUGAUUUUCUAAGUAUUUCCUAACUUUAUUUUUCAAGAUGACUAUGAAAUCUAAAUUUAAAGAUUUUUACAUGUCAGAGAGAGGAGAGUGAAUACUUCAAAGUGCUUCUUGGCAGAAAGAUUUGUCCAUGUUUCUAGUGCCUUUCUUGUCUUGAUUGUAUGGUCAGUAGGUGAUCUUAAAUGUUUUUAUUUGAAAUAAAAGUAUUCCACAAAGCCA